AUGUUACUAAUAGCUUCAGGUGGCUUCAUUCUGAUCUCCUUCAUUUCUUGGAUAGUCUGGAGGAUGCUGAAACGGUCUCGAAAAGCCCGCCAUCCCGAUGACCCCAAGGACAUGUCCAAGUUCUCCUUUUUGGGAGAACGGGGGUGGCAACCAUUAGGAGACCCAAGGGCCAGCCAGCAGUCGAUGCACCACGAGAAGGCUCCUUUAGGGCGAAAUACUCUGUUGCCGUUGGGAGACUUCGAUGAACGGGACCAAACGCAAGGGCAGCAACCGCCCAUACAACCAUGGCCUCUGGCUGCUCCCGAGCUCAUGAUAUCUUCGGGGCGCGGCUCUGCUCAUUCUGGAGUUACCUACCAACAGCGGCCCAACCCCGAAGAUACACAGACGCUUGUCACCCGCCCUCAAAUCACGGUCAUGACAGACCUACCGGCGGUCUACUCACACCAGGCUCAGGGGUCUUUCAGUUCCACCAACGCAGCUCAGUUUGGCGCCACUGUCAUGACUGAUAAUACCGCGAGCCCUCUCUAUUCUAAAGCCUCCCCGGCAUCGUACUACACUCAGCCUUUUCUUGGUCCACAGUUCGGCAAUUCAGACAACGCGGACCCACUGCAUCGCCAGGCGAGCAACGCCACAAGUGAACUCUCUUCCGGCUUCGGCGACGGCGAUAUUAUCGUAACAGAUGCAGUCAUCUCACCUCCUGCGCCAACGGCCGACCCAAGUUCGGCGACAAACAGCCCCCAGACGCAGUACACCGCCCGCUUCUCUUGGAUGACCCAGCCAAAAUCACAGGCCCAAGCCCAAACCCGAGCUAGCCUUCUCCGAGGACCCUUCCGCCAAAACAGUUCGGCCGGCAGCGCCCCCCGCAUCACCGGUAACGGGGACCGAGAAUCGAUCUACACCACUAGCAGUGAGGACCUGCCCGCACGAUUCCGCAGUGUCUCGUCGUGGGUGAACCAGCAGACGGGGCGCAUUCGGAGGGUACAGCAACGGCAACAGCAAAACGAGGAGGGCAUAGCCGCUGAGGGGGCAUCACCAGUAGUAGAAGGGGCACAGAGGGGAUUGCAGGGGAAUGGACUGGGGAUUCCGGGGAUACAUAACCCGCCUCGGGAGCCGAGUUUUGGGUUUAUGAUGGAGGAUGGGGAGAAGCCGAGGAAGGUGGACGAGGUUGUUGGUGAGGGGCGGUCUAAAUAA